AUGCCGGGACCUGGCAGCGGCGGCCCUGCGCCGGCGAUAGGGCAAGACCAAGAGGCACACAAUGGACCGCCGACGAUCACACGAAAGAUUACUGCGUGCGUCGCGUGUCGUAAGCAAAAGAUAAAAUGUCAUAUGAAAGAUGCGCAACCGCCUUGCACCCGCUGCAAGAAACGUGGGCUGCCAUGCACCGUCAAUCGCAGCCUGCAGAUGCUGCUUGAGAAUGAUAAUGUUUGGAAAGGCCGAAUGGAAAGAAGAAUUGACCGGAUCGAAGCUGUUCUUCGUACUGGCGCCGCUGGUAGCGCCGACAGUGCAGAAGUCAUGCGCCUCCUCGAUGCCGACCAAGACAGUGCCGACGAUAUCACCAUGGUCGCGGAUGCUGCAGAUGACACGACGAUGAUGUCCGAAGAGCCGCAGAACCGCAACUCCCAACAAGAGUCUCUCAAGGAAACCAAUCCUACUGGAAAUAACUGGAAUAUUGUUAUGGACCUCGACUCCGGCCCUGGUUCGCUCCCUGGCUUUUACAUAUCGCAGGGAGAAUCGCAGCCGCGCCGCGCCAACUGCAGCGACAUCAUAUCACGCGGCAUCAUCACCCUUGAAGCAGCUCAGAGCUACUUUGACGCGUACCAGACCAGGCUGGAUCACUUCCCGUACCGCAUCCUCGGCGACAUGGAGAUGCGAACCCUCGAAUAUGCUCGUUCCUCGUCACCACUGCUCGUCGCCGCCGUGUCCACUGUCGGAGCGCUGCAUCUCGCCUCCCCCGACUAUCAAUCCUGCUGCGCAGCCUUUCUCUCGCAAUGCGCCUCGCAGACAUUUUCCAAGGACGUCAACAUCGACGACAUUCGCGCGCUCUGCAUCGGCGCUUUCUGGCUAGGCGAAGUCGCGUGGACACUGGUUGGCACCGCCGUGCGCAUGGCCACGGAGCUGCACCUGCACAAGAGCUUCUUCAAAGCUCUGCACGGAGACAAGAAGGCAUAUCUUCAUGCCCGAUUAUACUACCUCGUGUAUAUUUGUGAUCAUCACUUUAGCAUUCCGUUUGGGCGGCCGCCACUGACGCGGCAGUGCGAGGCGAUUCGCAGCGUGAGGAAGUUUCUCGACUUUCCACACACAACAGAGGACGACGCGCGACUAGUCAGUCAUGUUCUACGUUGGACCGUAUUAUCGGAGGCUGUCGACUCGUUCGGUGUGGAUGUCAACCGGCCGCUGGGCGACGCGGACCUGCCUGCCUUGCGACGAUACAACAUCAACAUGGACACACUUCGUGCAGAAUGGAUGGAGCGGUUUGCACCAAAUCCCCAUAUCGGGAACUACCCGCGCAAAGGAGUCGCGCUGCAAUACCACUUCUCCAAGCUAUAUCUUUGCUCGCACGCGUUUCGCGGCAGCGCAACCAGGGCGGCACGCAUGCAGACGCAGUCCGCCGAAGUCAUGAUGGAGCUAGACGAGAUUGCCAACGGCGCCGUUCGAGCAGCCAUGUCGAUUCUGCGUUCGGUCAACGCGGACGAGGAAUUACAGUCCUUCUUUGACGGCCUGCCCAUUUAUUUCGGCACCAUGCUCGCCUUUUCGAUUGUAUUUCUCCUCAAAGUUUCCUCCAAGUACUCGAGCUUCAUCCAGGUGAAUAGCAGCGAGAUCCUGCCUCUGAUAUCGGAGACGGUGACGGCGCUGGAAAAAGUGACGUCCAAGAUGCACCGACGGCACUUGCUGGUGAGCAUGACCAAGGGCAUGCGCGGACUGGUGCAAAAGAUGAAAUUGCAGGACGCACCUAGACCACUCCCAACCGCCGCUGUGAAUCCAGCCGACGCGCAGCCGUCUGCGCAAGAUCCCACACUGAGCAUGGCAGCCGACGGCACUGAUGUUCUGGGCAUGUUUGGGGAGUCGCCGAAUAAUUUUUUCAUGGGCACGUAUGACUUUUUGGUCGACCAAGGCGACUUUUCGGAAUUUCUUUAG